AGGAGCGCCUUUGACAUGGCGACUCUCAUUCAGCGGCAGUGGCGACAGCGGGCUCAGACGGCGGUGCGGCGGGCAGUGACGACAGCUAAGGAGGCGCGGAGCCGCUUUCAGGCUUUGAGUGACGGUGGCGACACGGCGGUUUCCGACCUCGCCAACAUCACGUUACAGCUUAGCCACCUCCCGGCGCUGCGCCUGCCGGAUUCCGUGGCGGAUCUGCGGCCCGACGUGCGGGCGGCGGCGGCGGCCAAGCUGGUACGGCAGCUGGCGGUGCUGGUGACCGGACUGAUGGAGGGUGUACGGCAGUUGGGAUCGUGUGUAGAGAUGCUGGCUGGGGCACUGGCCUGCCUUGACGAGGUACCCCAGGAGGAGCCCUGGGCGCGCACCACCGCCGUCUUCCACACAAUGCCGCUCCCAAGUAUAAGACAGCUGCUGGCGAAAGUGUGCAACAUGUAUCAACUGGAGUACGACAGCAAGGCUGCAGUUGCAGCAGCUCUGGCCGGGCUCGUUGCGGGGCCGCUGACGGCGGCAGAGGCCAAGGCAGCGGAGCCAGAUACCGACGUACGCGGCGGCGGUUGUUCGCGGCGGGAUCCAUGCGGGGCGGCAGUGCUUGCCGAGGUGACACGUCAGGGAGGGGUCGCUGCCAAGCGCCUCCCUGACCUUUGCACGGCGUACCUGUCUGUGUGGAUGCUGUCGCCGUACCUGGAGGACGAGCAAGCGGACGAGGCACUGGGAGCGCUGACUGAGGACAUGGUGGCGUUUUGAGUGCCGUACCCCGGAGGAGGAAUUAUUAACGCUUAAUAUCACACCUUUGGAACCACGCCGCUUCAGAAGUUGUGCAGAAGGAUUCCCCAGUAUUUGCGUUAUGUUAUGCAAUCUGGCUGCUUUCCGACUAUAAAAUCGUUCUCGCCCGAAUCACAGCCGUUACGGUGAUUUGCGUGAGGGUUCUAGCUGCCCUGGGUUUUCAAACCGCUCUACUAUCUCCUGGGCGCAGCUACGCGUCGCAGUAGCGAGCAAGCAAAGCUCUUGCCUGUGGGCAGACGGGGACAGCCGUAGCUCCUGACUUGAAUGGAUUGGGGUUGUUCAGCCUGGCUAAUGUGUUGUUCUUGCGCACACUCUUGACGUGCGACACAGAUGGCCAUGUUACUGCCUUGCCAUCCGUCAAUGGUAUGCAAUGUCCUAAUCGUUGCAAGACAGGCCCAGUCUAACAGAGAAACUGUCUGGUUCUCACUGUAGAUAGUUAACCGAUUUAACCGCAUUAAUG